AUGGCGGGUCUUGAAGUUGGAAGACGUCUCCGUCCGCUCCGCACGCCUGAUCCCGAAAUUUCGGUCGCAACAUCAGCUCAGCGCCGCCUCUUUACUCUCAGGCCCCAGGGCCACCGUUUCUGGACCGGAUUGCACUUUCGAACGUUUCGAAACGAGGUUGGCUCGGUCAGCAAGCGACGCAGCAGGGCCGCUUUCCGCUCGUCGGUGCGGUGCGCGAACGUUGACCCUGAAGCGGACAGCUCACGUCUUCCAAUGACAACGCGGCCGCCAUUCACACUUACGAACACGGUAGCAACAUUUGACUCGUUCCAAUUGAAUCGCAGAAGGCGUGUCAUCGGUGAACCACAUGAUGAUCGACCAUUAUUCGGUAUUAGUGGAUUUAGCAACCCCUGCAUAACUCCCUCGCCUGUCAAGGAUGUCAACCGGCACGCGUCAUCGGCACGACCUGUUCCUCAAUCAGAAUCAUUAAAGAGCGCAAGGGCGAUGUCUGAGGCCUGA